CCGUCGAAUCCAUUGGGUAAUCAUUCGAAAUUUGUUGUGCAAUCAAUUAAGUUCAAUAAAUUUAGUUCAAGAUGAAAUUCGCAAUCUUUGUUGCUCUUCUCGUUGUUUUCGCUGCUUUUAUUAGCGCUUUGCCACAAGGCCCACCACCGCCACCUGGCCCAGGCAAAGGCCCAGGCCAAGGCCCACCAGGCCCAGGCAAAGGCCCAGGCCCAGGCCAAGGCCCACCAGGCCAAGGCCCACCAGGCCCAGGCCAAGGCUCAGGCCAAGGCCCACUAGGCCCACCAGGCCCACCAGGAGGUCCACCGACAACACCAGCUGGUGAAGACACAACAUCUUCUGGCGAAGACACAACAUCUUCUGGCGAAGAUUCAACUACCUCUGCUAACGUCUAAAUUCUCUUGAAUGAAAAUCAUAACGCGAAAUUGUAAUAGAUUACAGGCCUUUGAGAAUUAAUCAAAAACAUUUAUGUUCUUUUUCAAAUAAAUUGAAUAUUCCAA